AUGAAGGAGCAACCGCCAUAUCUGCUCGGAAACGCAUUCGCUCAACGGAUGUACGAGGAGCAGCUGCGAAGCAGCAUAGCUGAAAGCACACAGAGCUCGUCUUCGGCGACGAAGGAUGCACCUGCUAUCAAGACAACUACACUCGAGAUUCCAGCUCACAAAGUUGACGAUGGCGCGACACCAGGAACUUCUAUGGACCUUGUGGCGCCCCCAGUCACCGAGAAUGGGCGCGUUGCUGAGGCUGCGAGAACCCGACAGCGUGAUCGCAUGCUUGAAAGAGCCCGUACACCGUCGAAGUCGCCUGUCCGUCGUCCUCUGAAUCGACGACGCAGUACCACAUCCAGAGUAGCUGCUCAAACAAGCAAGACACCCAGACCAGAGAUCGCGAGAGGCUCGACCGACACGGGUGCUUCCACGUUGUUCAACAAGAUGGUCCCGAAAGUGCUGCGAGGCAAGAAGUCUCGUGGUAAUUUGCAGCCAUCUGCUCAGGCUUCGCACUUUUCUGGUCAUAUCGACACUACACUGGCAACUGCAUACAUGGACCGCAACAAGCCUCUACCUACGCUCUAUCGUCCAGUCUAUACCCCACCAUCGGUGCCAUCUCUCAAUCUUCAAUCCCUUCCAUACCCGUCUUCCAGCCCUCGAGCUCCCUCACCAUCUACAGCCUCCUUGCGGAGUCAGAAUUCUCCCUCACUCGAUCCCAAGGCCUCGCCCUUCCGACCUGGACAGCAAUGGCCUCCUCGAAAAGGAAGCGAUUUCGUGUUACCACGCAAGCCAAACCCAUUGAUCAUCGCACCGCCCAACAAUGCCACAUCAGAAGCGCUGGGUCAUUCGCAUGCUCACCCACCGAGGUGGAAUCCGAAGUCACCGACUCCGUCCAACAUCGCAGGACCUUACAGCAGUCCAACGCGAUCCAGCCUCCAUCAGACUUCGCCUACUCCGCCUCCACGCAAGCAUACACUGCUUCAUUCAGAAGGCAUGAUCACUAGCACGAUGGGUCCGGCGACAGGCGCAGAUGGUGGUGAUCCGCAGUACAUUACACCGAUGAGGAGUGGAUCGUAUGCUAUCACUGGAAAAGCGCAAGUUGUCCACAAUGACGGGAUUCCGAUGGGUGUCAGCAUGAAGGGCAGUAUCUUGCAUUCUGGCGAGAGUAUCGUGGGCAAGGCUCUGCAGUUGGGCGACCUGGACGAGGUCUCGGAGCUGGAGGCGCAUGAGCUACUGCCAGCGACGGUAUAUCAACCAGGAAGUACUCGCAAACUUGUUGUCGAAGCAAAAGAUGAAGCGAAAAACGUAGUUCAGCCGGCAAGAGAAAUCGAGCAGAGCCAGUCGGCGCUCAAAAAUCCCACAAUAGCCCUCGAACAACCGCCGACUGCAAGUACCACCGAUACCAACGGCCACUUCUUCACAAGCAGUACUCCCACGGCAACGGAGUUUGCCACAGCUGCAGCGAACGCAGCCCUUACUCACGAGCCGCAGCCCGCCGUCAGUCCGACAAGCAUCUACUCUCCCUACCCGCCUGCUCUGCCUCCCAACCCGCUCUUCUCCGGCCAAGCUCAGCAGACCCAGUUCAACAACCUGCACGCACAUAUUACGCAGCUCGAACAACGCCUCACGCUUCUGUCACAACAGUCUGGAACCGCCCGACUAGAUACCAAGCUCAACAGUCUGCUCAACACAAUAGACCAACACAUCCGGCCCCGUGUCGAGACCACCGAAACACAACUCAACCUCCUCGACGACCGCCUCAACGGCUUCGAAGCACGCCUUGAGGACGUUGAAGUCCGGUUCCGAGGCGUUGAGACCAAGCUCGACAGCCUCACUACUCUCACGGCCAACAUCGCCAAUGAUCUUGCUACGGUGGGCGCGACGCUGUCUCGCUUAGUAUCUCGAGUGGAGAGUGUAGAUGAGAAGUUGGAUCGGUGGUCGGUGCAGGCGAGGAUCGAGGAGAGUUUCCGGGGUGGACGGUAUCCGGGCCAGGAGCGGGAUGGAUUUGGGCAUGGAGGGCAUCAUCAGGGUGGUGGUGGUGGUAGUCCUUCUCGGCGUGGAGGCGGAGUCGGGGUGGUCGGGCUUGGAAGGCCGAGAAGAGGGUCGUUUCGGGGUGGUGGGUUUUGA